CGAGAGAGAAAAGAGGCCUUGCGCUGUCCCAUCAAAAAAAGCCCAUACAAACGAGGGGUGCCGGUAGUGUAGUGGUUAAUGCACCUGCGCUAACCACUGCGCGUCUGGGAAACCAGGCGUACGGGGUUCGAUUCCCCGCGGUGCCCGCCCUUCCUGUCAGGGUGAGAGGUGGGCGAUGCUAUAUAGCCUGAGCAGUAGACCAAAGCAGCUGUUUGUCUUUCAAAGCCUGUAAGUACUUCUUGUACUCCUGCAGUACCACAUAGAGGUAACAUCUGGAUUAUGGAGGAUUCAUCAGAAGAGACCCAGUUUGUCGUGGACGAGGUUAGCAACGUGAUUAAGGAGGCUGUGGAGAGUACUAUCGGCGGCAACACCUAUCAGCAGGCGAAAGUGAACCAGUGGGCUUCCAGCGUGGUGGAGUCGUGCCUCAGCUCCCUUACAAAGCUGCAGAAACCGUUCAAGUAUAUAGUGAGCAGCGUCAUCAUGCAGAAGACGGGCGCCGGCCUGCACACGGCCAGCUCCUGCUACUGGGACAACAGCACCGACGGCAGCUGCACCGUCCGAUGGGAGAACAAGACCAUGUACUGCAUCGUGUCCGUGUUUGGGUUGGCCAUCUAGGCCAGGGUGGUGCCGUUACGGUCUCAGUUGCGUGACCUCGAGAUGGCAACGGUUUCAGGUCAUUAGCAGUCCCUUCGCAGCACCGUGGGCUUUCUGGGGCGUGCUGUUCGUUUGACCUAGCCUGUGGUUGUGAUGUGUAUGUUUUGCACAUCACCCUGAGUUUGCUUAAUGUGAUACCCUAGUGGUGAUAUUCCUGGUUUUGCAGUGUUUGCGUUCAGUGUCCAAUAUAUGUGUACGAGCAUAGUGAA